GCCAUUUCAUUCAGUAGACCAGCGGCGGUCAUCGUGAAUGAUACAGGACAAAGUGUCAUCCAGCCACAAUAAAAAAAACAAAAAAAUCAGUAAAUCAUGGAGGCCUUUGGAUACUGGAAAUGCGUCGUUUCACUCGUGGUGAUCGCAAUAGUCCAGACUGGUGAGGGCAUGUUGUGGUGCAGUCUUACGUGUCCGAACCAGCAGUUAUCUUGCACCGUGGACUCAAACGAGCAAUUCAUUUUACAAGGUCAUUCUGCAUACGGUCAGAGGGUCAAGCUGGAGCCCAUGCUUAUGGGAAUCCCCGCCUCCCUCGUAGAACUGGCGGUGACAGGAUGCGAGAAAGUGGACGUGGUGCCGGAAGCCUUCGAUGGCCUACCCCUCCUCAAGCGCCUGAAUUUUAGCAACAUCCAAGAACUGACAUUCCAAGAAGACAGCCUUGUGUUCACUGGUGACCUGGCCCUAGACAUUGAUCAGGUCAGCAGUCUCAAGCUGCAUCGCCACGCCAUCACUUUCAACGCCAGUCGUGAAGUGGCCCAACAACACCUGCAGGUAAUCAACACCCAUCUCUCGGUCUUCCACCCAGAGGCUAUUGUCACGGCCCACACCACAAAGUACCUCACAACCUUCGGCGAAAACAACACGCUCGAGGAGGUCAACGGCUCCAACUUCUGCGAUGUAAGCCACGUUUUCAGAGAUGUUUUCAUCAAAGAUAAGACACCCAUACCUUGCUCGUCGGUUCGCGCCUUGGGGAGCGUCGUGGUCAUCGCUGUGGCCUUUCUCUUCAGGAAGGUUAUGUAAAAGUGUGAAUGAGUGUAUAAGAUCAUAGAUGUGUGUAAAGGCAUGUAUACAUUAUAUAUACAUAUAUAUAUAUAUGUAUAUAGACAUAUUUACGCAUAUGUAUUAUGUAUAUAUACAUAUGUGUUUGUUUUAAUACACACACACACACACGCACAAACACACA